GUGACAACGAUGUCACUAUUGUUGACGAAGUGUAUUCAGUCCCUCCUGUCCUGACCAAACUGCAUAUUAUUUAGAGUUAACGAUGGUUAAGCGCCUACAGAUAAUUGUUGCAAUUUUAUUUUCAUUCCAACUACCAACAUCGUCAUUUGAUCUUCGAACCAAAUACUUUCGGAGCGACGAGGAGGCCAACGGGACGAGGUUCUACGCCCUCGACUUCCUGGGACUGAUUGAGAAGCACAGACGUGAGGUGCAGUGGCACAACGUCACCACUGAGGAUGGAUACAUCCUCUCGUUAUUCAGAGUCCCGCCGAAUUCUGCAUAUCACAAUGAAACACGAAAAAGUCGUGCAUUUUAUCUGCAGCCUGGGUUGGGUGCCACUGCUGAUAUUUUUAUUUUAUUCGGACCUGGCAGAAGUCUCGCUUAUUCGCUAUCUGACGCUGGAUACGAUGUUUGGAUCGGCAAUGUACGAGGGACUCACUACAGUCGUAGACACAAAAAGCAUUCAACUGAUGAUUCAGAAUUCUGGGACUUCAGUAUGGAUGAAUACGCACUUCGGGAUUUACCAGCAAUGCUCGAUUACAUUAUCGCAACCACAGGACAGCCACAAUUGUCCUACAUCGGUCACUCCCUCGGAACCACCCUGAUUCUAAUGCUGCUCGCUGAUAAACCAGAAUAUAAUCAUAAAUUAACAGUUGUCAUCCACUUUGCUCCAGUGUCUUACUGGAAGACUUGGAAUCUCAUCAGACUUCUCCUAGCAAUCGUCGCUUCAUUCCUGCAGGUGUUGCCACCAAGUGGGGCAGUUGAAUUCCCAAUUCCCAAUAUCGCCCAGCCCGCGAUUAUUCAUUACUUCUGCUUAAACGCCGUAACAGUGAAAUUGUGCCGGAUUCCGUUCAGAAUACUGCUCGGCCAUGAUCCAGAGCAAUUUGACGUCGACGAAGAGGCAGUGUAUUUACUGAGCCACUACCCUGCAGGGACUUCAGCAAAGGUAUUUCAGCAUUAUGGACAGCAAUUAAGAUGGGGAAGCUUUGGGCAUUACAAAUAUUGGACGACAGCAGGAAAUCGUGAGGCCUAUGGACAAGCCAAGGCUCCAGAGUACGACCUGAGCAACAUUCGAGCGCCGACAAUAAUUUUCGAAGGACAGAACGAUCCGCUGGCAACCCUAGAAAAUGCUGGGAAUCUAGUCAAAAUACUUCCCGAGGACCUCGACUUGAAUUAUCAAAUUAUUGAACACAAGAAAUUCGGUCAUGGGAGUUUUGUCACUGCUAAAGAUGUUAAAAAAAUCCUCUACGAACCGAUGUUGAAGAUUCUUGAGGAUUUUUAUAAAUCCAAGGAAACAGGCGAUAAUUAAUUAACAAUUAAUUACAAAUAAUAAAUGAUUAAUUAUUAAUUAAACAACAAUUA